CAAAUACAUAAAAUAACUGACAGUAUUACAACUUUGAACUUAUAUUUAAUGUUGAUUACAAAUAAUUUAAAUAAUAACGCAUAUGGAAAAACUGAAUACUAGGGCACAAAUGUUAAGGUAGAUCGGUCUUCAUCUGAUUUUUAAAAUAUAUAUUUAAUGAAUUAAUGUGUUAUUUUGGUUUUCUUAUAAAAGAGAAUUUCUUGGAUAAAAAUGAUUAUAGAGUUUUAAUUGAUGAAUUAGAAAUUAGAAAUGAAUACAUUUUCCUUUUUUCUUCGAAGAUAUCAAACUAUAAGAAUACCAUGUUUAUUAAAGUUCUGUCAAAAUGACGACAAUUCUAUGUAAUUACAUUUACUUUAAAUAUAAACCUAAAUAGUAAAACAAUAACUUCUGUAUAUCUAACAAUGACAUCACGUCCAAAUGUUUACACAAUAUGUUCAUGUAUAUAUUUAAAACAGUUAUAUCUAUUACAAUUUGUUGAUAUUUUGCCACGUCUUUAGCUAAGCCAAGACAAACGCAAUACCAACGUGAAUAUAAUCUUGUAUAUUUUUGUAAAACAUUUUGAAUAACCAAUAUGUACUUUAAUAUUAAUAUUAAUGCUAAGGAAGGUAAAAACAUAUCAGUAAUUAAUCUUGAUUCCGACAAUGAAGAUAUUUCUAUACUUACAACAUGCCAUACCAUUUAUGUUUAUUCUUGGAAUAGCUUUUCUUUCCACUUAUCUAAAUACAAAAACUAUAUUACCAUACGAUACGGAAAUAUUGAAAACAGGAAUAACAAAUUUGACGAGCUAUAUUAGAAACCACGGACUUAAAAUACCACACAAUCAAUGGACAGUAAUGAUCACCGUGAAUAAUGGUUUUUAUGACUUUUUCCAAAAUUGGCAUUUUUAUUUUCAAAAACUUGGCAUAAAUGCACCGGUUAUUGCCAUUGCGGAAGAUAAAUAUGUUUACGACAAAUUGAUUCUGAAUUAUUCUGGUGCAAUAAAUAUUGUCCAUUCUCACCUUCCGUCUAUAGAUAAGGCUGUAAAGUAUAAUUCUGAACCAUACAAUUCUUUAAUAUCAAGACGGUCAUUAUAUAUCAGUGAUCUGUUAAAUAUUGGAUUAAAUAUUAUCAAUACAGAUGCAGAUACUGUUUGGCUUCAAAACCCUUUACAGCAUCUGGAAGGAGACUAUGAUAUAUGGAUUCAAAGUGAUGGUAAAAACAAUGUAUGUCCAGGUUUCAUGGCUGUACAAAAUAGCGCUAAAUCAAGGAAGUUAAUUUUGGCAUGGAAACAGAUUUUAGAGAGACAAGAUAAAAAAGAGGUUGAUCAAGUCGUUUUGAAUAGAUUACUGAUACAGAAGUUUUCGAACCUAAGUGUGAAAAUAUUAGAUCCAGAUAUGUUUGCAUCAGGAAAACGGUUCUUUCAGGACCAAAAUUACAAGCAACGCCAACACGUCGUUGUAGUACACAACAACUUUAUAAUUGGACAUGACAACAAGCUUGCACGUUUCAAAAACUUCAAUUUAUGGUCUAACUAGCUGAUAAUUUAAUUUUUCUUUUUAAUUGCACUGUUUCUUUAACAGAUUUCAUGCUUCUUGUAGUUAUUAAAUCAAAUUCUUUUAAAAAUUAAAUCGUAAAUAAAAUAAAUAAGAAAUUUUUAUGAUGAACCUGGUGUACAUAAAGUGUUAUAUAGAGAUGACAUCGUUGUAUGUAUAAAUUUAAGAAGAUUUAAGUUGUAUCAUGCAUUGGCCUAUAUAGUUAUGUUCCAUUACGUAAUUAUUUUUAUAUAUAUAUACCGGGACUUUGUACCUGUUUUCUUUAGUAUUAUCGUAUGAUGUAUAUUCAAAUACACUUUAUUUAAUAAAACUUAGUUUUGAAAUUUUCACUUUUUGCAAGUUCAGUUGUUGUAAUCAAACAAUGCCUGCCUCAGCAUGUGUUGCAACAGAAUCAUUUAACAUGACAAGGAUUGAAGCUUUGACUUUAAUUUACAAUGUUUUGUUUGUCAUUUUGAGUGAUAAUGCCAUUAAUGUUUGCGUCUUAAAUCACUUUAUAAAACAUUUGUUAGACAUGUUGAGUGACUUGAUCAUUUAGUUUGACGUCUUACAAUUGUUAAGUGUUGUUUCAGUGCAGUUGCAUGACUACACGAGUAACAUAUGUUUGACAUAGCA